UCACACUGAUUUCGGGGACAAACAAAUUCGGACGUGUGUGCGCGUCGCAAGUUUUAUUUUUAUAAUUUAUGUACGCGAUUUUUACGCGAGUGCAACAAACAAGUCCUUUCCGCUAGCCUAAAUAUUGAUGUAUAGCCAGCUGUAGUGCAAGUGAAAGGUAAUACCCUUAAAGUGUCGGUGGAAUGUUGAACGGCAGCAUCGUCGCGUCUAAUCAAAACAAAAAAUACCCAAGCGAAUGCAGCAGCAUAGCGCCGAGCCCGAGUCCACUGCUGUAAACAAGACCGAGCCACAACAAAGUAGCUGGUGAAAUUUUAAUUUUAAACAAAAUUUGAGAUCCGUUUUGUUGGUGACAAGAUUUUUUCGUAUUUAGUUAUUAGUGCAUCUUCGGUUCUCUGUGUGCGUGUCGGUGUGGAAAUAACUGCAAUUGCAGCACACGUAUGUGUUCACACCUAAUUGGAUUAUAGCAGCACAUCGGCAAUAAGAACAACGAAAGCAUCUGCAGCAGCAGCAGCAUAAAAACCAUCAAUACUGGUAAAUUAUAAACUACAAAUUUAGACUUCCAAUUGCCAAGUGCUUCCAAAACUUGCCAAAAACAAAAAUAAACAGUAACUCCAAAACCCAAAGCAUUCCAUGAACAAGUGACAUUUUUUUUUGUUGACAAACAAAUUUCACAAAAAAUAUUUAUAGUAGCCGUAAGCAGCAACAUACGUCGGAGCUGAUAAAAAUGAAUCUAAACCAGCACAGUGGACCCGGACCGCCGCAGUCGGAGUCGAGAAUGGAUGUGGAUCAGGUGGACUCGUCGCCCUUCAAUUGGCCCAGCCCCAUGGCGGCCUACAAGGCGGCGGCGGCCAUAACCGAUGGCGAGGAGGCGGCCGCCUCCCUGACGCCCCAGCAGCAACAGCAGCCGAACGGCAACGGGGAGGGCCUGCCGCCGGCGCCGCCUGUCAGCCGCACCAUAUCGUCGGAUCGCCUGGUCACCGGUAGCUCCUGUCGGGCGCUACGUACCGCCGUCUCAGCAUUAUAUUCCGUUGAUGAUUUUGUCAAGGUGAAAAUUGGAUCUGGAUUUUUCUCGGAGGUUUACAAGGUCACACACCGGACGACCGGCGAGGUGAUGGUGCUGAAGAUGAAUCAGUUGCGGGCCAAUCGACCCAAUAUGCUCCGGGAGGUGCAGCUGCUGAAUAAGCUGUCGCAUGGAAAUAUCUUGAGCUUUAUGGGCGUCUGCGUGCAGGAGGGACAGCUGCACGCCCUCACCGAGUACAUAAACGGCGGCUCGCUGGAGCAGCUGCUGGCCAACAAGGAGGUGGUGCUCAGCGCCACGCAGAAGAUAAGACUGGCGCUGGGUAUAGCGCGGGGCAUGACAUAUGUCCACGAUGCCGGCAUCUUUCACAGGGAUCUGACAAGCAAGAAUGUACUUAUACGCAAUCUGGCCAACGAUCAGUACGAAGCCGUCGUGGGGGACUUUGGCCUAGCCGCAAAGAUACCAGUGAAAUCCAGAAAGUCGCGCCUGGAGACAGUCGGCUCGCCGUAUUGGGUCAGUCCCGAGUGCCUGAAGGGCCAGUGGUACGAUCAGAGGAGCGACAUCUUCUCGUUCGGCAUCAUCCAGUGCGAGAUUAUAGCGCGCAUCGAGGCCGAUCCGGACAUGAUGCCGCGCACGCCCUCCUUCGGCCUCGACUAUCUGGCCUUUGUGGAGCUCUGUCCUAUGGACACGCCGCCAGUGCUGCUGCGGCUGGCCUUCUACUGUUGCAUCUACGAUGCCAAUAGCCGGCCCACGUUCCACGAUGCCACCAAGAAGCUGACGCUGCUGCUGGAGAAGUACGAGCACGAGUCGUCGGCGGGCGCCAGUCCGCUGAGCUCCCUGGAGCUGAUCAAUUGCUCGCCCGGCGGCAGUGACAGCGAGCAUGCCACGGGCCCUGCCUUGGCCUCUGCCCCGACAGUGGGCACCAUUUGCACCGCGCCAGCGGGCACCUUGACGCCGCGCCAUCUGCGAGACGUGGACGAGGAAGGGUUCCGUUUCCCCACGAAGUCAGCGUCGGCCGCGUUGCCGGGCACGCCCACGGGAUCGGCCGGCAGCCACGUCUUCGACGAUCACAUGUUGCAGUCGCGGGUGCGUCGCGCCACCCAGAAGCUGGAGGCCGAGAUACUGCUGCAUCGGCGCUCGCUGAGCGAGAACAUCAUCCACUUCCCGAUGCACACGUCGCCCAGCGACAAGGCGCGCUGCCAUCAGAUGCAGCGUCAGCGGUCCUCCACGCACUCGCCGACGCCGCCCCGCCAGUUGCCCGGCGGCAGUUCUGUUGCCGCCGCCGUCCUCUUGCCGGCGGUUGUGGUCCCCGAGCCGCCGCCCCUGCCGCCGCCCAUUUCUGCCGUGCUCACGCUGCGCAAGGUGGGCGAGACGAUGUGCCUGAAGGAUCCGCAGUACAAGCCGGAGACGAACAAGGACCACAGCGGCACGAAGCCCAAUCCGUUCGAAGCGCUCGCGCAGCUGCGCGGCGUCAAGAAGAUCUUGGGCGCCAAUCCGAGGACCUAUGCCGCCGGGGUGGGCGAUCUGUUCAGCUCGUGCUUCGAGAUGCUGGCCCCGUUCUUCAAGGAGCUGGCCGCCAUGCAGGGCAAGACCGUGGCCCAGGGCACGGCGACAGCAGACGGCAGUGAAGCGGCAGCUCCCAAGGCAGCGGCGACACCGGCGACGCCCAGUGAACCAAAGAGUCUGCCCGUCUCGCCGCAAAUGACGCGCAAGUACAGCGCCAUGGAGCUGAAGCUGCCCUAUCGGGUCAGCAAUGCGGCGGCAGUGCCGGCCACGGCGGCGGAGGCGGAGGAGGCUCCAACCGCCGAAGAGGACGACUGCGAUGACUGCACCUCGGAGGGCGAGGACCCGGACGGAGGCGGCAACUGUGCCGAUGCCGAGUCGAGCAGCGACGACAGCGCUGUGCGCCCCUCCACAGUGCCCGCGGCCCGCAAGUACCGCGCCAACUCCCUCUACACGCAUCCCCUGUUUCGCGGCGGCCCCAGUGUCGCCAGUGGCCUGAAGAGCAACGCCAGUGAAUUCGAGACCAGCCCGCUGCUCAAGGCCAGUGCCUCGACGGUCACGCUGACGGCCUCCACAGUUGCCGCCGCGGACUCCAAUUCCUGCGAGGAUCUGACCGACGGCGGAAGGAAGUCCAAAGAGCUGCCCUCGGGCAGCGGUUCGGCCACAGCAGUCGCCUCGCCCACACCCCUCUCCGGCUGCUCGGCCCCGGCUGCCACCAUUUCAUCGUGCACCUUUCAAGAGCUGGAGGCGCUGAAGGACGUCGAGGAAAGGAUGAAGUACCAGUGCGAACAGCUGUCAACGCUGAAGACGAACCUGACGCGGCGCGACUCCAUCGAGAGCGGCUUCUUCUCGUGCUUCAACGAGGAGUCGGACGCGGCCAUCACCAACAACAGCUUCAGCAGGCAGCUCAACGGAAUGGGCUCGUUGGGGUUUGGUUGCGGCGGCGCGGCCAGCAGUAGCAGCAGCUGCACCUACGAACAGUACAAGACGCUAAUGCUCGACGCAGCAGGCGGCGCAAGCAGUGAAAUCAACGAUAAACUGGCGAGCCUGUGUCGAUGCUGCUACUAUGCGACUUCCACAUCGAAUGCUGCUGUGGCCGUUACAGCCGCCGCUGCCCAACAACAGCAGCAGCUCAAUGACACCUCCUCGACCUCAUCUUCGGUGCUGCUGAUCGACAACGAUCCGGCAGUGAUUGGCGCCAACAACACGUCGUCGUCCACGGCGCUGGACUCCAUGGAUGAUCUGGAUGCCGAAAUUUUGGCACCGCGUCCGCACCAGCGUCGCUACACCUGCCACCAUGCCCUGCUCAGCGGCAAUGUCAGCGAUUCGCAGAUGGCGGCCACGGCCGGACUGAUCAAUCGCCUGGCCCUCGACUCGGAGAUACACACGCUGCUGCAGCGCAGUCCGUUUGCCACGAAUCAGCUGCUGUACUGCAAGAAUCGCACCUCGUCCAUCUACACGGACAGCUCGGACGACAUCAGCAGCCUGGCCGGCUCCGAUUCACUGCUCUGGGACGAUCGCUCCUUCACGGCCCUGCCCAGCACACGAUCGGCGCAAAUAGCCAAGAUUGUCGAGUACUUUGAGCGCAAGCGGCAGGACUCUUCGCCGCCAUCCAUGCACCAUCGGAACGGCAAUGGCACUGUGGCCGCGGCUGUGGCUGCCUCAGCCCUGGGCUCCAACUACCUCUCGUAUGAGUCGCGCCGCUACUCGGACUUCAAGCGACACCUAACCCCGGACGCCCUGUGCUUCGAUCUGGAAAAGAAGCCGGCCCACCAGCGGAUGAUGGUGUGCGAGGGAGCGGUCAAGUCGAAGCUGCCCAUAUUCGACAAGAAGAAGCAUCAGGUGACGAACAGCGGCCAGGUCGGAUAGCCGCAGGAUAGUCUAAGCCAUGCCACGGAUUCCUUUAUCAAUUUUUUUGUUUAACAAGUUCUAAAUUCCUUGAGAUUUGAAUUUCCCCCAAAAGUCGGCAGUACGAGUACCACUCGAUAAGAGAAAACAUCAGCCACAUUUAUUUAUAGUUUCUAAUAUCGUAUCGUAUCGCAUCAUGUGUAUAGAGCAGAUUGCAAUUACAGAUAAGCCAAAUUAUUCUAUUAAAAAUUAAGAAUGUUUUGCCCAAGAGAGCAUAAGAGUAA